AUGGCGGACAAUCCACAAGAGCCCGGCUCCUCCGCGGAGCCUGGCAGCCACCUUCCCGCCAGUAUCCCGAAUACCGAUCCGAAGAAACCUAAGCACGAGUUUCCCAAAUCGCAAGUCGGAAAGUUAUGGGAUGCAUUCGGUGAACCCGAAGACCGCGUGAAUGCUCUCUCGAAUGCGACCUACAAGCCCCGCGGCAAGGAUCCCAAAGAUAUUUCAUACUCGGAUGUUGUCGGUACUGUAUCUAUGUCUGAGAUGACUUCAUUCCACAAAGCACCCUGCGCACGAGAAUCGUUAUUGACUGGCAUUGGUCUUGGAUUCGGCGCCGGUGGUAUGCGUGGUGUCUUUGGAGGUAUGCGCUCAUUAUGGUCCGCCGGAAACUGGGCAGUCGGAGUAUUCGCUGUUACCUCGCUAGCAGCCUAUGAGCUCUGUCGAAGACAACGCAUCGAGGAAAUGCACGGGAUGAAGCAAGCGGUCGAUUUGAUGAAGGAAUUGAAGGAUAAAAAGCAAAGAGACAAGGAAAAGGCCGCCGAGGAGGCCGCCAAACGUGCGGAAGAGGAACGGCGGAGGAAGAGUUGGACCAACCUCUCCAACUACAAGUUCUGGUAG